CGCUCUGUGUGUGCAAGGGGGCAGUGCGCAGAAAGGGAGAAGAAGGCCGGAGCUGCCGGUGUAGUGUGCGAGUGUACGUGGGUUUGGUCCGUCCGGACCCGGUUUGGAUUCUGGAUCCGUCAAAGGACGAGAGGAGGCCGGUAGAAGGCACCGGAGCUCAGCAGCCCGAGCCUUCCUCCGGUAUAACGGAUCAGCCUACGUUUGAGGCAUCAAGACAAACCGAGGAGGUAACAGCGCCGAGACCUGUGCACAGUGUAGAGUCGCAUCGUGGACCCGAGUACUCCCACAACCACUCUGCACCCGCUAACUCCCUGACUGUGUGCACACCCUCUGAACAUCUGGCACCUCCGGGUCCUGCCUCCACAUCUGGAGCAGCGGCGCGUACAUGCGCCCCCAGUGCACCCGGUUAUAACUUAUCUGCACCCAUUUACCCAGUGCUGCUGGAGCCCGCGUCACUGUUGGCAGCAGAGCUUGCAGUCACCCAUAGGGAAGCUAAUUGCACUCACCUAUACCCAGUGUACACUGUGCCUGAGCACAUAGGUGCAGAGGGUGCACCCGCCACACUCCUGCCUUCCUUAAUCCUCUAUCCUACCCAGCUCAGCCAGGCUGACCCUCCCCCAACAGACCCACACUGGGAGCCAGCCCUGGAAUCCCCGGAGGGAGCACCUGGAGGUCCCCUGAUUGUGACCCGAGCAUCAGUGGUGACAGCAUCCAGUGGGCAGGAUGACGACAGCAAGAUGAGCCAGGACAAGAAAAAGAAGGCCAACUAUAUUAUGUUCGUUAAGAGGAUCCUCAUGAAAGAUGGCAAUACGCAACAAGGCAUUGGAAAGCCGAGCGUGUAUCAUGCUGUUGUUGUCAUAUUCCUUGAAUUUUUCGCCUGGGGCCUGUUGACAACGCCAAUGCUAGUUGUGCUACAUGAAACAUUUCCACAACAUACAUUUCUAAUGAAUGGCUUAAUUCAAGGAGUAAAGGGCUUCUUAUCAUUUAUGAGUGCGCCGCUGAUUGGUGCUUUAUCAGAUGUCUACGGAAGAAAGUCUUUCCUCCUUGUCACAGUUUUUUUUACAUGUUUUCCAAUCCCAUUAAUGAGGAUAAGCCCAUGGUGGUAUUUUGCUAUGAUUUCUGUAUCUGGGGCUUUCUCUGUUACAUUUUCUGUGAUAUUUGCCUAUGUUGCUGACAUCACACAAGAACACGAAAGAAGUACAGCUUACGGGCUGGUAUCAGCCACAUUUGCAGCUAGUUUGGUGACCAGUCCGGCUAUUGGUGCUUACAUAUCUGCUUAUUAUGGGGAUAACCUAGUUGUUCUCCUGGCAACGGUUGUAGCCCUCUUGGAUAUCUGUUUCAUCUUGUUGGUUGUUCCAGAAUCUCUCAGAGAGAAAAUGAGAUCAACUUCUUGGGGAGUUCCUAUUUCUUGGGAGCAAGCGGACCCAUUUGCUUCACUGAAAAAGGUCGGGAAAGAUUCAACAGUGCUUCUGAUUUGUAUCACGGUCUUCUUUUCCUAUUUACCAGAAGCAGGACAGUAUUCCAGUUUUUUCCUUUAUUUAAGACAGAUCAUAGGUUUUAAUCCAGGCAGCAUCGCAGCAUUUAUAGCUGUAGUAGGAAUCCUGUCUAUUGUAGCUCAGACUGUAUUGCUCAGCAUCCUAAUGCGCUCUAUUGGAAACAAAAACACAGUUCUUCUUGGCCUUGGCUUUCAAAUGUUCCAGCUGGCCUGGUAUGGUUUUGGCUCCCAACCCUGGAUGAUGUGGGCAGCUGGGGCUGUUGCAGCCAUGUCUAGUAUUACGUUCCCUGCAGUGAGUGCCCUAAUUUCACGUAAUGCUGAACCAGACCAGCAAGGUGUGGCACAAGGAAUGGUGACUGGUAUACGAGGAUUAUGCAAUGGGCUGGGACCUGCACUGUAUGGAUUUGUCUUCUUUCUCUUUCACGUGGAGCUCAGUGGAUUGGUACCAGUGCCGAGUUCAGAGAAAACUACUAUGAAAGAUCCAGUUUAUGAAGGAUCGAUCAUCCCAGGGCCACCAUUUUUAUUUGGUGCAUGUGCUGUACUUCUUGCCUUCUUGGUUGCCUUAUUCAUUCCUGAACACAGCAGCCAUUCGGCCAAAAACAACGGUGUUGGGAAGCACAGCAGCGUUAUUAGCAGCACUCAGACAAACCCUGAUCGUGGUAGCGAUGAAGAUAUAGAACCACUUUUGCAAGACAGCAGCGUAUGAGUGCUUUCCAGAGCAUCUAUUGGCAUUGCAUAAAAGCAGAAGCAGAGAAUAAAUAAGGUUCAAUAAAAUAAAGAACUGAUCAUGUAUAUAAUAUAUAUUUUUUCUCUUUUCUACAUUGGAUCCUUCAUACAGACUUGAGAGACUUGCCAUUAAUAUUCUCAUGUUCUUUUGUAUAAAAUAUUUGUUUGUUAUAUAGUCGCUGCAUGGGAGGUUGCAUGCAUUGCAAAAAUCUCCAGCAGUACAGCAGCUAAAGGUUUGAGCUCUCCAUCCCGUAUUUGCUACCUCAAACCUUGUUAUCGCAUUGCAUACUGACUGUUGUAAAUCUUAGAUACUGCAGUGAUGGCAAAUUGAUCUUACAAGGGUACCCUUUGCAAAGUUGAGCCGGUGUUUUAACACACCUAACAGUGCCUGCCAGUACAUUAUGUUUUCUUAAUGGGACCAGACACAUUUUAGUAUGUCUUGUAGUUCAUUCCGAGGAGAUAUAUCUUCUGCACCAGAGUUAACUUUGGUACGAGAGAGACAUUUCCAGGGAGGGAAGAUCCCCAGGAGUUUCCAAACAUUUUUAACUCCUUGAAAACAUUAUAUGACUUAUCAUUUACUCAUAGGGAGAGAGAGACAUUAUUUGUUUAAAGCUUAUACUGUUCAUGAACAGCGAAUCAAUUUCUACCAUACUUUUCUACCACAUGCUCACUUUUUAUUUGCACCAGCUCCCAAAAUAUAUUCAAACUAUAUGAGCAAUUAAACUAAA